CACGCGCGCGAGCACGUCGAGGAAGCGGCGCGACCCUACAUCUCGAUCGAAAAGCAUGAUAUAAGCGCUUUAAGACUAUCACGCGACCCGUUGCAGUCAGCGCGCGGUGCGCGUCUCGCACAUUCGCAUCGCCGCGAUCAUGGCUGGCUCACCCUCGUUUGAAGAGACCGACUGGGAUGCCCAGGCCGUGGCGGACGACCAGGAGAUCAAGCGCAUUCUCGCAAACGCCGAGCAGGAGCCUGGCCAGGGCCUUGCCAUCAACGACGACCCUUUCGACCAGACCAACAAGGCCGACGAUGCGGAGGACUUUGAAGACAUUAGCGAUGACGACUUGCCGGAUGAGGAGGAGGCUCCUGUCGGAGCUUCCUUUGAGCUCCCCGCACUGACAGACGAUGGAGGGACGAGCAACGAUGCCGAUGAUCUCUUUGGCGAAGGCCCUUCCUCGCCGAUCGACCCUGUGCUGGGUGCCACCUCGCCGGGCGCUCAGGUUCACGACGAGGAUGCUGGGGAGGACACGCAAGCAACAGAUCAUAAUUUGAAUUUCCAGAACCUCAACUUUGACCCGGAGCCGACCUUUGGAGCCGGCGACAAUCAAGACUUGACGAUCCCCGAGGCAGUGGAGAGUGUGGAGGACCUGCUCAAAGCCGCCUGGCCCGCAUACAAGAAAGGUCACAUCUUAACGUGGAGCGAGCUUCUGCCACCGAAAGCCGCCGUCUGGAAGGGCAAGAAGCCACCCAAGAAGCCAAAACGCCUCGUCACCAGCAAGCUCACGCUUGAGCUGGCUCCCGAUGACUCGGUCGCCUUUCGUGUCCCGGGAGGUCAGGCUACCGUGCCCAAGGCGAGGGAGGAGGAUAAUAUCCCAUACCUUGUCAGGUGCAACGAGGAGCUUGAUGGAGAGGCAGUGGACAUUGUGCAAUUCGACUUGGAUCAAGAGUCCGACUCGGAGCCGAUCAUGGGGUUCACACUUCGCGACAUUGAAAUGGCGUGCGAGGAUUGGGGUGCGCAGAUUGGCGAGGUAGAACAAAAGUUCACCGAGUAUCGAACGGCCGAGGAAGUGGCCGCCGCGCAGGCCUCGAAACGCGUCUCAGGGGAGCAGGAGGACGACGAAUGGGAUGCAGAGUUUCUCAUGGAUACGGACGCACCAGCGCAGCCCGCUCCCAAGAAGCGCAAGAUCGUAACAGGACUGCCAGCGAUUCCAAGGCACUCAGCUCCCUCCUUUGACAAUUUUCAGGAUGCGACACGACGUGGAGCCAAGCGCGUGCAUCUUGAAAUGUCCGAUCCUCACCUCUUGCUCGAGACUACGGAGAGUCAGCGCAACGCUAAGCGACAACGCCUUGACAAGUCAGACACUAAGAAACGUAUGGCUAACGGCAAGAUGGGUCGCGACAUCACUUCCAGGUUCAACUUGUCAAAUGACGAGGCGUACGACAUGCUGAAGGAAAAUCAUCAGAACAAGGUGCGCGCCACGCUCGGCAACAUUGCGGUGGAGCACGGAAUGCCAGCCCACAAGCUCAGCUGGCCAUAUUACAAGGUCAAGCUUCCUGGCACAGCCGACGAAUAUCACCGCCCUCGCCUGCGCUACAAGAAGUUCGCAGGGCACACCAUCAAGUUCGACAAGCCUCUCAUUCACAAGCGCAAGAACAUGCGCGGCAAGGCCCACGACGUGUUUCAAUCCACCAAGGAUCUCAGUCUGAACGACAACUCCACAGCCGUCUUGUUCGAGUACUGUGAACCACGGCCAAGGGUGCUCAACAACUUCGCGAUGGGCAGCAAAAUUAUCAAUUAUCAUCGCCGCAAGGACACCAAGGAUGACGAGUCUCUACCGAAACAAGAACUAGGAGAGUACAGAUUCUUGCUACCAGAGGAUCGCUCGCCGUUCUCCACAUUUGGUACGGUUGACGCGGGAGAGACGGUGCCGACCUUGCACAACGAGAUGUACCGAGCGCCCAUCUUCAAACACGCGCCCAGGAACACCGACUUCCUCAUCGUUCGCAGCUCGACCGGUGCCGAGGGGUCCAAGUGGUACAUGCACAAGAUUGACCACUUGCACGUUGUCGGCCAGCAGUUCCCGUCUGUGGAGGUACCUGGCCCACACAGCCGCAGAGUUACGAACGCCUCCAAGAAUCGGAUGAAAAUGUUGGCGUUUAGGAUGAUUAGGCACAGCAAAUUCGGGUACUUCCAUCUGAGUGCGAUGACGAAGCAUAUCGCGGAUUCGACGGACGCCCAGAAUCGACAGAAGCUCAAGGAAUUCCUCCAGUACUACAAGUUGGAAGACAAGUCGCACCCCAAGGGUCACUGGACGCUUCGCAAAGGUGAUGUCCUUCCUGACGAAAGCACAACGCGAGCCAUGGUGAAACCGGAGGAUGUCUCUCUACUGGAUAGUAUGCAGUUGGGCAUUAAAGAGCUUGUCGAUGCCGGUUACGACCCUCGGAAUGCCAAUCUCGAAGAAGACGGGCAGGGAGUAGAUGCCGACGGAGACGAGGACGACGACGACGAGGGAAGCAAGGCACCCAAAGCAGGCGGUGCUAAAAAGGCAGCAGAAAAGCAGGAGGAGACGCUGGCCGACAAAAUGGCCCCCUGGAAAACGACCAAGGCAUUCCUCGAUGCAUGCGCCCAGAAGGCCAUGCUUGCCCUGCAUGGCCCUGGCGACCCAACCGGCCAUGGCCUGGGCUUCAGUUUCAUCCGGACCAGUAUGAAGGGUGGCUACAUUGAGGCCGUCCAGGGACCCAUGGCUACGUCGGCCGAUGCUAUGGAGCGCGAAAAGCGUGCCAACGGUGGCCAUGCUUACAAUGUGAAGAAGCAGCAGGCCUUGUACGAAGAAGGCAUCCGGAAGAUCUGGGGAGAGCAGAAGCGCACACUGUCCGACGGCCAGGAACACGACGACGCCGAUAUCCAGCAGACGACCGACGAGGACGACCGAUUCAAUGCGAACGCGGCUGCUACUCCGGCGCAAUUUGACGAAGGCGUCAGCCAGCUGAGCGGAUACGACCCGAACCAAACCAAGAAAGCGUUGCGAAUUACCCGAGUCAUCGAGUUGCCUGAUGGCACCGAAGAAACGCGCACCGAAAUUGUCUAUGACCCAGUUGUCGCAUCUCAGUACACGAGACGAAGGGAUGAGCGAGACAUGGAACUUCAAGAUAUCUACAGUUCCAAGCCUACGGGCAAUGCCGACGCAGACCGUACUAGCAAACUUAGAAUUCGACAGGAACUCGACCGCCUCGAGAAGAAUCAAGCCCGCCGCAAGGCCCGAGAGCAACAGAAAGAGCUACUCCACAACAAGAAUGCAAACGGACCUGCCGGCUCUCCAGGCGCCACCGGAGGAGGAGCAUCGGUCGAUAAGGUCCCGACCGGCACCACCCGCAAGUGUGCCAAUUGUGGGCAAGUUGGCCACAUCAAGACAAACAAGAAGUUAUGUCCUCUGCUCAACGGCACGAUGAGCACAGACAAUGGUGCUGCCGAGCACGGCGGCUUUGGCACAUAUGCUGCGCCAACUGGUCCAUCCGGAUCCCCGUGAAAGCCGCGACAGGCAUUGUAUAUACCCACGGACGAGGCGAUGGCAGGCAAACACAGAAAUGAGAUGGUUUUGGGAAGGGAUUUUGAC